AUGACAAACAGAGGUAGAGGUAGUGGUCGUAGAACAUUUAAUCGUGGUACAAGACAUGGUACCCACAGUUUGAGAGCUCCAAUUACCGCCAAUCCUUCCCCCUCAUCCAUUCACAUAUCAACCUCAGAGUCGAUGAUUCAUGUUGUUGCACAGACUCCAAACACACUUCCUACAGCUCAAGACCAACCAAAUCCUACCUUUGUAAGGGAGUCAAUUCCUACUACCCCUAUUAGAGAUGCUUCACCUUCAGCACCAGAUGAUUCUGUUACACCUGAGUACCCAACAAAUCCAAAUUAUGAACAUAUUGUUAAUGAAAGGCCUUUCAUUCGUGCAUAUAAAGGAGAGUUUCAACCAACAUAUGGGUGUUGUAAUAUCAUAUCAAAUAUUAUUAGGGCAAAAUUUGAUGAACUAGCUCCAAGUUGGUUGAAUGUGUUAGUUGACCUUCGCGAUAGGUGGUUUGGAGAGUUUAAGAAAGAGUAUACAUGGCACCCACAAGAAGAGCGAGCCAUUAGAGCUGUUUUUGAGACAAAAGGUUCAUGUAUUUUAAAAAGUGCAAUGUACAAGAUUAGAAAUGGUCAAGAUAAAGGAAAGUGGAUAACAACUAAUGUUCGAGCAACCUUGGACGAACAUUGGGGUUCUACAGAUUUCCUAAACAAUAGCUCUACUGCCAAGGCGAAUCGAUCUAUUGAUAGAGGAGCCUUAGCAUAUUGUGGUGGUUCCAUAUCUACUGCAACUCACUUUGAAAAGCUGGGUUCCCCUAACUCUGCUACUUUUGUUAAUGAUAAUGAAAUAUAUUUGAAUGUUGUUGGAGGUCCAAAUUACAAGGGGAACGUGUACGACCUAGGUACUUUGAGCAAAAGGUUUAGUUGCUCAAAAUCAGCUCCAUCUACUUCUAUUGCUCCUGUGGAAGACCAAAUAGAGGAAAUGCGUGAGACAAUUAAUAAAUUGAAUGCUGAGCUUUUGGCAAAGGCAAAUAAGGAGAAGACACUUGAGGAAAAAGAUGUUGCAGAUGAUGGAGAAUCAUGA